AUGUCCUCAGCUUCGGAUAAUGGGGACCGUGACCCCCCGGCACCAUUUCUACUCCAAUUAUUUUAUCGAAGCGGCGGCUUCUUCAGGGCGGAUGAAUUCGCAGGCCGCUCACUACCAGCUCACAUCUCCAUCUACACAUGGCCACACUGCACGUUAAACGAGCUCGCUCUGGAACUGGCCGCCGCCAAACCAUCAGCCCUCCCAUACCCAGCUAUCGGGACAAGGCUAGCUUUCCAAUUAGUAUGUCCCGACCUACGGGGAGUCGGUCAAAUUAACAGUGCACAUCCGCGCUACGCUGUAAAAGAUCUCGGCAGCAUCGUCAUUGGGCAAAAUCAACAAGGCGCCAGCGACUCGGACUUUGUGGAAGUCGGAGGCUCAUCACGGGGUGCUUCAAGCUCAGACAAGACACUUGGGGAGGCACGAUUCGUAGUGGGCGAUUACAUUUCCUGCGCUAUUUUGCCCCCAUUAGGAGACGGAUCUAUAGCCCCAGCAUCUACCGCCAGAAGAGAGUCAAAUGCUGGAUUUCGAGAAGGGAGGGGCGGGAGACCGAGUGGUGGUGGGGGAGGACCAGGCUUUCACAGUCGAGAAAACGGCUUCGGUCGACCUGGAGGCCAUGAAGGCAGAGGUGGAAGUAGGGGAGGCAGACGCGGCGGCCACGGAGCAAGUAUGCCAAUGGGGGAAUGGAGAAGAGGCGAGAGAUUGCCGGACGUGCCUCCUUCGCGACCACGAGGCGGAGGUGGACGGUGGUGA